UGUAUAACUAACUAUAACUGAUAACGAUAAGGUCGAGCUGGUUGUGUGUGUGCAGUUGUGUGGUUGAGUCAGAAAAUUGACAAGUGGUGAAAUUCCUGUUAAUCGAAGCAAGUCAACAUUUCAGACUUGUCAUUCUCAAAUCGAACGUGUAGUUUGUUACUCGCUUUGAAACUUAUCUACGAUGCUUUUUUAAUAAUUGGAAUAAAAAUUAAUUUCAUUCAAGAUGUCCACACGGUAUAUGAAAAAAGUAUACGGAGUUGAUGCGUUAGCCGAAAAAGAUAGCGAAAGCGAGUGUGAUUUAGAGAAUUCGAUAAUUGGCGACGUUAAAUCUAAGACAUUUAAUGUAUUUGAUGUAUUGAAUCAAAAUUCUGAAAUUGGAGAGGAAGAAAACGAAGAACAGCAAGUUAUCGAAGAAAGUUAUACGGACCAAGAUAAACGCAAGAAAAAGAAGAAGAGACGAAAGAAGUUGGAAAGUUUCAAAGUUCAACAAGUUGUCGACUUUAAAGAGACCGAGGAUGUGGACGAAAUCGAAAGAUCCGUAAGAGAAGUGAAUAAAUUGCUUGGUGAACCGCUUCCAAGUUGUAGUUCUCAGAGUACAAAUAAUUUACAAUGGAUAGAACAAAAAUCUAAAGAAGAUAUUUUGAUGGUUCAACAUAAACAUUUAAACCCUUACAAUGAACUUAAAAGAAUCUUUGGCAGUAAAACGGUCCAAGCCGAACAAAACAACAGAAGAAAUAGGGGUCGUUCCAGUCACUUGAAAAGGACCUGGCUAAUUUCCGCUAGAGAUAACUGGUCGCCGAUCAAUAAAUCUGGUCUGUCUAUGUCUUUGGAUCACGACGUAAAAUCGGCUAGCAAUGUACAAUACUUUUUAUACGAACAUAGUCCCUCGUAUAGACAGGUUCAAUUAAAAUUCUUAGAAGCAGUCGAAAGUUUAAAUCCGGAAAACAUUGUUAAUAUAAUCAAUGCCCAUUCGUAUCACGUAGAUGCGCUAUUACAAUUAGCCGAACUUUGCGAACUCAACGAAAAUUUAGCGUUAGCUGCAGAAUUUACGGAAAAAGCACUCUACUGUUUGGAAUGUGCUUUCCACCCACUGUUUAAUCUAACAACUGCUGCCUGUAGGUUGGACUAUAGAAAGCAACAAAAUCGUGCUUUGUUUAUAACAUUGUUCAAGCAUCUCAAUUUUGUAGGCGGACGUGCGUGUUAUAGAACAAGUUUAGAAUUUUGUAAAUUACUUUUAUCGCUUGAUCCGGAAGGCGAUCCUUUAGCUGUAAUUCUAUCUCUCGAUUUCUAUGCUUUAAGAGCAAAAGAAUACGAGUGGUUCAUAGAAUUCUGCAAUUUUUGGGACGGCGCGAGAAACCUCACGCAACUACCAAACAUAGCAUAUAGUUUAGCUUUGGCUCAUUUCCAUUUGGGCAAUCGAACUGUUGCCGAUCAACUCUUACAGAAUGCAUUAAUAAUGUUUCCAGGUGUAUUGAUGUCUUUGUUGGAUAAAUGUAGCAUACAAACGGAUGAAAAGGUACAAGGCCACGAUUUCUUUAAUACCAAGGCAGUAAUUUCGACGUCGCCAGCGUUGGAAAAAUUACAAAAUCUGUACGUGGCACGCAGUUUUCGUUUAUGGAAAGAAGCAGACCUUUUACCGUGGUUACGUGAAAAUGCGUAUACUGCGUUAAAUCGAGUCGAUUCUAAAGACGAUUAUGUUAAAUAUUGCGAAACAAAGCGAAGUAAACGCUAUCAAGGGAAAUUGCCAAAGAAUAUCCUAAGACAUAUUAUACUUUCCGAUAUAAAAGAUGUUACUGUGAAUGUUCAAGAGGUACAAAACGAUGGCUCUGUACUCUCGCAUGAUCCUCUACCACCAGUGGAUAGCAUUGAUAUUUACAAAAGACCGAUACCAAAUGCAAGAACAACCCAAACAAAUUCCAACUUUUUGUCUCUUUUUAUCUCCUCUUUAUUCUCAAAUAUUAACGGAGAAGGUGUAGUUGCCGCCCUUGAUGGUUUAAAUUUAUUUUACGAUAAUAACGAUCAAAUUUAAGGCAGUCAGGUUACGAUGUAUAGUAAUAAAUUGAAUUAAAAUAGACAAAUUUUACUUUAGAUAUAAUAACGAUCAUAUGAACUUUUACGAAGAUAAUAUAAAUUUCAUAUCAACACGAGGUAACACAAGUACCACUUAAUAACGAUCAUUGUAAAAUUAUAACAUCUAUCAUGUAUUUGAAACUAUGUAUACUCGAUUGUAUGUAUGAACUUGUGCAUUAAUUAUUUAUACGAUCUUGUAUUGUUAUCAUUUGUAUCGAAUUUGUGAAACAAUCAUGUUUUAUUCGGUUUUUGAAAAACGUGUAUAUACGGAAAAAGAUAUAUAUGUACAAUAAAUAAACUGUAUUAUUGUAAGAAUUA